GCCAGAAAUUUUGUUUUCAUUUUGGAUUAUAAUGGAUAGUUUCUUUUAUUCCUGCGGUCAAAUAUUUUAUAAAAUUGCAAAUAAUAAUUUUCUUAUUGUAUGUAAUACAUGUAAUACAGAAAAUUUUGAAGAUUUUAAUAAUUUUAAGCAACAUUUUCAACAAAAUCAUUUAUUAAAACAUGAUAGAAAUGAUAUUGAUUAUAAUAAAAAUUGUAAUGGUAAGUUAAUUGAAUUUAAAAAAAUACAGGCAAAUUGUAAUAUAAAUUUGUGCAAUUUAUUAUAUUUAGAUUUAAAAUAUUAUACAACUACAAACGACACAUGUAAUAAUGAAGGCUCAUUCGAAACGAAUAGUAAUGAAGAUUUUUCAAAUAUCCACUCUACUGAUUUAAAUAUUUAUAAGAAUGAUAUAAUUGAACUAAAUGAUGAUUCCGAUGAUAAUAUGAAGAAGGAAAAUAUUGUUCACAAUGAAAACGCAGCUGUUAUGGUUAUUGCAGAAGAAAUAUCUAAAAAUAAUUUGACAAAUAUAAUCACAUCGAAUAAUUUAAAUAGUUUUGAAGAAAAUAUUAAAAAUGGGAGUUCUAACAAUUUUAUCUUACCGAAUGGAUUCACAUCUACUUCAACAAAAUAUAUUGAAAUAAAUGAUUCUGAAGAUUCAGAAGUGGAUGAAGAACAAACUGAGCAUGAUGUUAAAACUGUUAUUGAUAUGAAUGAUGAUAAUAAUUAUAAUGUUAUUGAAGAACAACCAAUAUUUGAUUGUGAUGCAAAUAUUUCAAUUAAUAAUAAUAUCAAAAUUCAGACAUCAAUAGCAAUUGAAACACCAAUAAAUGAUAUUUUAUCAUCAUCCAUAUUAACUAAAAAUUCAGUUCAAUGUAAUUUAUGUGAAAAAUAUUUUAAUAAUGUUAAACAAUUAAAAUUACAUCAUCAAGAUUUUCAUACUAUUAUUAAUUCAAAAUUUUAUCGUUGUAAUAAAUGUGAUUUAAGUUUUUCAAAAGAGAAAUCAUUAAUAAAUCAUAAGAAAAUUGCUCAUAAUAUUGAUAUUUUAAAAAUUUAUUCCACCAAUACUAAUAAAAGAAACAAUGAUAAUGAUAAUGAAAGAAAAAUAUUAAAAAGAAAUUUACAAAAAGAUGAAGAAGAACAAAAACAAAAUACAAAAACGUAUUUAAAACAAUUACAAAAUUCAAAACAAUCAACAAAAGAAUGCAACGAAAUCUAUUCAAAAUUAAUUACUGAACAAAUAACUCAUAUUAAUCGUAAAUAUUGUAAAUUAUGUGGUAAAAGAUUUAAACAAAUUCGUCAUUUAAUUGCACAUGAACAAAAGCAUUCAUUUAAAAAGAAAUUAAAUCCUUGUUCAUAUUGUGAUAAAAGUUUUGUUAAAAAAGGUUCUUUAAUUGAUCAUGAACGUACUGUACAUACAAAAGAGACACCAUAUAAAUGUGAAUAUUGUUCAAAAUGUUUUACAACAUCAUUAAAACGUGAUAAUCAUAAAAAUAUUCAUACUGGUGAUAAACCAUAUAAAUGCAGUGAAUGUAAUGAAGGAUUUAUGACAUCAACAAGAAAAUAUCGUCAUAUGAUGACAAAACAUUUAAAUUCUGAUGAUGGUGGUAGAUAUAAAUGUAGAUUUUGUACAAAAAAUUUUUUUACAUCUAAUGAAAAAUUAUCUCAUGAAAAUGAAAUUCAUUCGAAUUUAUUAUAUAAUAUUAAAAAAAAUUCAAUUAUAAAAACGACAACUACAACAACAUCAACAACAAUAUUAACAAAUGUUAUUUCAACAAUUUCUUCUAAUAUAUCUAACACGAUUUCUUCCUCCAACACUAUAAAUAAUGAAUUACCAUAUAAAUGUGAUAAAUGUUAUAAUACAUUUAAAAAUGUUCAUUGUUGGCUUAAACAUUUACGUAAAAUACAUAAUAUUACAAAACCAUAUAACUGUGAUAAAUGUCCAAAAUCUUUUACACAAAUAUCACGACUUAAAGUUCAUCAACGUAUACAUACUGGUGAGAAACCAUUUAAAUGCUCAUAUUGUGAACGAAAAUUUAAUCAAAUUAGCCAUCGGCAACGUCAUGAACGUACACAUACUGGUGAAAAACCAUAUUUAUGUAAAAUAUGUGGUAAAUCAUUUACACAUCCAGAAUCACUUAAAGCACAUAAUGUAACACAUUCCAGUGAAAGAAAUGAUAAAAAUAAAACAAUAACAACAACAAUACAUACAAAAAUUGAUGAAACUACUGGACGCUUAAUUUAUAAAUGUGAUAAAUGUAAUGAAGUAUUUUUUCAAAUUAAUUGUUUACAAUUACAUCAUCAAAAAAAUCAUUUAUUACGUAAAUAUACAUGUAAAGAAUGUGGUAAAUCAUUUAAUCAUUCAUCAAAUUUAACAGUACAUCGAAGAUUACAUGAUCCAGAUUCUGGUAAACGUUUAAAAUGUUCACUUUGUGAUCGUUUAUUUCGACAAGUUGGUCAUUUAAAACGACACGAACAAACACAUACUGGUAUUAAACCACAUAAAUGUCAUAUAUGUGAAAAAACAUUUGUUGAAAUGAAAGAUUUACGAAAUCAUUUACAACGUCACUCAAAUAUGAAAUUUGAAUGUGAAUAUUGUUCAAAAUGGUAUAAACUUGAAUAUGAUUUGAAACGUCAUAAAAAUAGAUUACAUAUGAAUUUUGAAACAUUACAAGUUAAAUGAAAAAUUAAAAAUUAAUAUGUAUUUCAUAUUUUAUACAAAAAUUUUAAUAAGAUGUAUAAAAAUAUUUUAUAUGUAUAACAGCAAAU